AUGAACCAAUAUGAUCAGUGGAAUCGGAGGAUCCGGACCAUCUGGUAUUGCAGUAGUCUUUAUGUGGAGUACAAAAAUGCCCUGAGGAAAUCGAGGAAGAUGCCGGUCGAGAAAAAGACCGAGUAUUGGGAGAAGAAGCACGAGGAGUUUGCCACCAAGAUGUUGAACAAUAUAUACGAAUUGAGAGGAUGGUGGGUGAAGGUAGGGCAGUUCCUAAGCACGCAGGAGAACAUCAUGCCCGUGGCCUACAUCGAGAAGUUCACCAAGCUGCAGGACAUGAUGCCCACCUCCUCUUUCGACAAGAUAGAAGUCAUUCUAAAGAGGGAAUUGGGGAACAUCUAUGACAUAUUCGAGCACAUCGAAAAGGAACCCCUCGCAAGCGCAUCGAUAGGACAAGUCCAUCGAGCCAAAUUGAAGAAGCACGAACAUGAUGCUAUCCAGGAUAAUGUUGCAAAAAAGAACGAUUACAACGUUAUUAUAAAAAUUCAACAUGAAGGAAUUGAUCAAUUUCUUUCCUCCGAUAUAAAUACAUUGAAGAAAGUAUCUUGGGCCUUUGGUCUAAUAGACAAAAAUUUUUAUUUCACAGAUUUUAUUGAUGAAUGGCAAGACUCCGCUUCCAGAGAAUUAAACUACAAGUACGAAUUGUAUCAUCAGUUAUUGGCUUAUAAUACUUUUAAAAAGUCUGGUAUUCCUCUGAAAAUUCCACAAAUAUAUUGCGCUUAUACAACCACCAAGGUUCUCGUCAUGGAAUACAUCAAGGGGUUUAAAAUAACAGACACGAAAUCGAUAAAGAAAUAUAAAGUGAAUGCAUAUGACUUGGUUUAUAAAAUUAUCGACUAUUUUGCUUAUCAAAUUCAUAACGAUGGUUUUUUUCAUGGAGAUCCCCACCCAGGGAAUAUUCUCGUUAUGAUGCAGGAGAAGGGGCGUAGACGCAAAAGGAGAAGGCGCUCCAAAAAGGGGCCAACUGACGUUGUGGAGAAGACCGCAGAGGGGGAUGAGCAAGCUAUUCCAGAAGCACUUUUCCCCAGGGAUGGAAAGAAGGGAAAUAUUUUUACCACAACGGGGAACACGCCCAACACGUCUAACUUCUCGAGCAUGUCUAACGUGUUCAAGACGCCCAACCAGUCCAUCGCGCGAAACGCGUCCAACACGUCCAGCGCCUCCAUGGAGGAUUUCAUAGAUGCGAGGUACAACAUCGAUAGGAUGAAGUGCGGAUCGAUGAGUUCCAAGAAUCCCCUUUAUAAAUCCUUCAGCUUUGUGGACUACUCGAAUAAGAAGAAUCAUGAAAUAUCAGAUCAGGUACUGAAGGAAGACUACGAUUUUAUCCUUAAUGAAAAUACGAGCGACGGAUUUAGCACAAUCCGGAAGAGCAUCUCCAAAUCGGAAGAGUGCGUAUCUUAUGGGAACUCCAAAAGGGAAGACUUCACGCUGAUCGCAAGUGGGACAAGCCCAGGGGAGGAUUGUUCAACUAAGUUGGUUGAGAAUGAGAAUAAUUCGCUGCGUACCCAGGGGAAUUUGCUCGAGCGGGGUGAAGUCUCACCGGGGGAGGAAGCCAACAAAAAAGAGGCUCAGAUACAUGGGAAAUCUGCCCCAUUGCAAGUUAACGCAGGGGAGGUAAACCGCACACCAGCAGGAGGACGAAGAAGGAAGAGGCGUACCUACUCCUUCGUGCCCGUGAUCAUCGAUUGGGGGCUGAUUAAACAGCUAGACGGUGUGAUGAAGCUGGCCUUUUGCAAACUAGUGUACAGCAUAAGCUGCAUGAAUGUGCUGAAUAUCAUCGAGGCGUUUGAGGAUAUGGGCUUCUGCUUUAAGGAGGACUUCACAUACGACCCGGAAAUAUACAUUGAAAAUUUAAAGCGUUUUUUUUUGAAAAAGUUGGAGGAAUCAAGCAGCAAAAUGAACGAAAGUGGUGGCAUCAGCGGAACGGGAGGAGGAGCAGAUGAGGAGCGUCCAAAUGGUCCAGACGAAACGGGGAAGAAUAAGAACCUUGAUGUUCUUAAAAAUAUAGACAAGAAGGAAGUCCUAGACCAAAACCCAAUUAGUGAUGUCCCAAAGGAUAUAAUUUUUUUCAUGAGAGUAGCUUCCCUUCUCCAUGGAUUAUGCACCCAAAUGAAUGUCAACAUAAAUUACCUGAGCAUAUUUUCAAGGCGAGCUAAAGAAGCCCUCGAAAAAGUGUACAAGCCGAUACACCACUCGAUUUAUACCAUCCCAAUUGAUAAAACACCUAAUUCGUUUCUUGAGAAGAGAAUACAUAAUUUGCUUAAGAAACUUUACGAGGAGAAGAAAAUUUUGGGGUGUCAGGUAGCCAUUAUACAUAAGAAGAAAAUAGUUGUGGACACUUGUGUAGGGGUCACCAGCACAACGGACAAAAGACCCAUAACGAGGCACUCCCUGUUCAAUGGUUACUCCUUAAACAAAGCCGUCCUCACAAUCGCCCUGAUACAUCUGAUGUCCAACUUGGUGAAUGAACAGUACUCCUCGGAAAACGUCCUCUUAAAUUUGAGCAAAAGGAAUAACACGAAGGAAAAUCAACAGGAGGAGGGGGUACCUAAUUUGAGUGCUAUUAGUAAGGCAAACGAGGACGCUGCCCCUGCAGAGGAGGACCAACAACUUGAACAGACCCAGAACACAGCAGAGGUUCAGAACAAAUGCGUCAAUGAAAUUUUCAACGAUAUUAAAAAAAUCGAAAAUGAUUAUUUCUCACCUGAUAAGAAGGCGGACGUGCAGUUGGAAGAGGUCCCUAUUGCGGAUGGGGCAGUGACCUCAGCGGGUACACCUGGUCGAGCGGUGGGCGUUGGGGGUCCCUCCUCCACGGCCAUCACCAAUUAUAGCAGCAUCUACGGUGUGAACAACAGUACGAAUCGAUACUGCAGUAGUUAUGACCACAGCUUUAGCAGCGACGAGGAGAAGGACAAGGAAGUGGGGCAAAAGGAAGAUAAGACAGCGCAGAGUAGCCCUCAACACAACUUUCAACAUUCAUCUCAGCGCAACAUUUCGACCCCGCUGCCAACCAUCCCCCCUUUGGAGGCACACAACGAAGUCAACAACCGGUACAAUCGUGAAGUGUGCAAACAAAUCAUAAAAGAUAUAGAAGCCAGACAAAUAAAAAACUUCAAGAGUACCAUUAAUGACUAUAUAUGCAACUAUUGGGAUGGAUUCAUUUGCAAAAACAAAAAGAGCAUCACCAUAAAGGAUGUGCUAACGUUGAAGUGUUUCAUUAAAAAACCAUUUCAAGAUAAAAUAACGUUAAGUAAAUUUAUAGACUACAGUCAAAUGAUAAAAAUGAUAGAGAGCGCUCGAAAUUGUCACGUGAAAAGGAAGUCGAAAAAGUACGGAUUCUACCUCUACCUAAUCGACACCUACAUUAUCUCUGAAUUGAUUCACAACAUUUCUGGGUUGAAGUACUAUGAGUAUAUUUACAAGUAUAUUAUUAAACCGCUAAAUUUGAAAGACGAAAUGUACAUACCCAUUCCCUCGGAUAUUUUGAAAAAACACCAGGAGGAAAUGAAGAAAAACAAAACUACAAGCGACUCUUCAGUAGCUAAUGAGAAAGGAAAGAAAAAUAACUAUAAAGAAAAUAAGGCAAGUCUAACGAAGGAAUCUUCCAACCCGCUCAGAAGCAAUGAGUUAAAUUUAAACUCCUUUAUGUCAAAGAAGAAAAAUAAAAAGUUAAACAGUGCUUCAAAUUUUGGGAACGAAUUUCACCAAGGGAAGAAUAUAACCCCGUCCAGCAGCAACUAUAAUAAUAGGCCUUUCCAGAAUAGCGUUCUUAUGAACAAACCGUGGAACAGGAAAUUUAAGCCCCCAUUGGAAGCAGUGAAGAUUAAGAGGCGCUCCAUAAGUGUGGAUGUGUAUUAUUCUUCUAGGGGGAGGAAGCCCGGUCCGGAGGCUACCAAUCCGAAAGGGGCAAAGCAAGUGGGCGGUGCGGUCAAAGGUAAGGUGGUUAGGGAGGAGGCGGUUAUAGGCGAAACUAAUGACGGUAAAGUGACCGUGCGUGAGGCUAACUCUGGCGAGGACAAACCUGCGGAAGAAGAAGCCAACAGGGGCGGUACCAACACGGAUGAACCAACCCCAAUGAACAUCCUUCUAAACAAUAAAAAGAUAGCCGAGUUGGGGGGGGGCAAGAAGUUUGAGCCGACCAGCAUGCUAGAAAGCAUCCUAAAAGAAAAAGAACCAACCAGCCUCAAAAACAAGUUGCUAAGUCAUGUAGACAAUCUCAAAGUCAAAACGAAAAAAAUUAACGACUCGAUUAAAAAUAUAUAUGAAGGUAAUGAAAACACAUUUUUAAAAAAUCUUUUUAUAACUCCAUUGAAGAAAACUGACAAUGAUAACAACGCCCUUACAUAUGACUACCGCAAUGUCCAGCUUAGCUACAUAUACAACAAAAAGCUGGGGAGUUAUACAAAAAAAAAAAAUUAUGAAAAUUAUGCAUUUGGCACGCACAAUUAUUAUUACAAUGAAUUUGCUCGAGAACACAUAAAACAAAAUAAAAUGGAAAAAAAAUGGAACAUAAAAAAUAUUAAUAAAAUUACAUCCAACUUUCGAUUCACAGAAAAAAAUAAAAAAGAUUUUCUCUUGGUUCGACCAAAUGACGAAAAGAACAAGCGUUCGCAUAGCUGCUCAAAUUAUAAGCUAGUCCAGUACAACAUAGACAGACACACACAUGGUGAUGAAGAUGGAAAUAAAAUACCCAGUUCGAGCAACCCCAAUGGUAUCGGUUUUAAGUACCAGAAUGAUGCCAAUGAAUUCCUGUUCGAUUACAAUGUUCAUUUUUUUUCCGAGAAUUUUUUUAACAUGUUACCUGAAGAAAGCAAUAAAAAAAAAGACCCCAAUGAUCCCAACAGUACAUCCUACAACUUAGAAGAAAGGAGCCGCUUUUACAAGUUAACGUUCGACAAAAAUAUCAAAAGGCUGCUCGAAAAUGUAGACGCGAAAAGCAGCGGUGACGAGUCCGCCAACAGUGUAUUGAAGGAGAAGUAUAAUAAAUAUCAGAGGCGGGACAAGAAAUACAGGAAGUUGUUUCAAUAUAUAAAAGAUUUGAGAAUGAGCAUACGAGAGAGGGAGAAUCAGAUGAAGGAAGCGAGUAGCGCCUUGGUGUGCAGUGAUCAGGUGGAACUGGGCGAUAGUGCCGUCAGAGUAGGCAGUAUGGAAAAGGCCGCAUUCACCGUGAGGAAUGCAAGCUCUGUGAAAAACGAGAGCUCCGUAAAGAACGACAGCUUCAUGAAAAGCGAAAACUCUGUUAAGAAUGAGAGCAUGUUGAAAAGCGGUAACAGCUUCAAAAGGGAAGGAGCACCCCCCGAAAUGAACGAAGACUUCCUCAAGAGGGUCCUAAAAAAGGACGAGCAGCUUCUACAGAAACUAAUAGAGUACAAGUACGCCAUACUGAAGAAGCAAAGAAAUAACAUUCUGAAAAGAAAAAACAAAAAGAAUAUUUACACGAAUGAAUACUCCGACGAGAUCGAGAUGUUUAGUGAUAGCGAUAAAGAUUCGCGUGGCUGCAAAAGGAGACGGAACAAGAAGCGUAAAGCCAUUCGGAAGGACAACGGAAGAGACAAAGGAGAGGACCAUGAACCCAGCGGAGCAACAACCUCGCCUAACAACAGUGCGUGCGAAAUGGAGGAGAGAAAACUCAUAGACGAGAAGAAGCACAGACUGGAAACCUACUUAAUCAUGAACAAGUUAUAUAAAAAAAACAACAAAGGUUUGAUACCCGAAGAAAACCACACUAUCAGUAAGAAGACGGACGUGUACUGGCGCUUGGCAUAUUCUAGAAGAGACAUCGACUUCAUCGGCAACCUUGCCAACGAGGAUGUGAAUACCAAGUUCGAUUCUAUUUUGAAGUCAAAUGUGAAGGCGAAAAAAAGCGGGUGCAGUGACACGGAUGGAGGGAAGGCCGGCAGCGUGGAGGGUUCCACUGCUGUGAACAGUGCUAGUGGUACGAAAGGUGCCAGCAUGCCAAACGUGGUUAGCCAUUCCGGCGGAACCGGCACUACCAAUGUUGCUAACUCCAACAGUGGCGCCACCACGGGCUGCAACUCCAAUCUGGAAAACAAACUGAAAACCUACCUGGAGAGCUUCAAUCCCAAGCAGUACAACGAAUACAUUUCCCUAUUUCAGCUAGCCCAGGAGAAGCCCUACGUCGUAGACCCCCUAAUUUAUGACUCCAAAAAAAUCCUAGACAAAUUUAUUCCCAUUAAUGGACGGUUUACCGCUAGGGCUAUGUGCAAAAUAAUGGCCUUUGCGAAUAAUAAAUUUUUUUUCCCUUCCUAUAUUAUGAACAAAGUGAGGAAAAUAUAUGCACUCGAUGAAAGCAUAGAAUCUAUGAUCCUCACGGGGGGGAUGAGCAGGAAAUGGGGCAUGGGGUUUCAGCUCUUCGAGUGCGAAUACGCAGAUGCUAUAAAUGAAGAUUUUUACCUGCGCAAGGGUAGGAAGCAGAAGGGGAAAAUCAGAAGGAGGGGAGGCGGCGAGGGAGUAGGAUCUCAGGGUAGAAAAGACAACACAGAAAAGAAUGACAAACAUGGCAAGACAGGCAAAAAUAACAAAAUGUAUAACGACAAGAUCCCCCCCUCCAAGCCUAAGCGAAUUGUCGGGUACGGACAGUCCGACUUCAGCGGGUGCAUCGCGGUUUCUUUUCCCGAAAUUGAUCUCUCGCUGACGAUUCUGCUUACUGACAUUUUUAAGGGGGCAGCGGUUGCCCAUACGAUCCUGGAGUACGUGCUCAAGCUGUACGGCAUAAAGCCCAAGUGGAAGAUGCCAGUGAAGGUGUCGGAACUGAUAAAGGUUUUGUAG